UCAGUCAUUCAUUCACAAUUUCUAUCGGUUUGCGUGCGUGCGCUGAUUUUUGUGUGAAUCAUAAUUUUCAUUUUUAUUCAUAUUAAUUUAUAGCUCUAGUGAAGAAUAGUUCAAAAUGAGACACGGAUACGUAAGGUGCUAAGCCUGUGUAGAUUAGUGGUUAAUAAAUUAAUCUGGCAUAACGAAAAUAAGGAUGGAAAAUAAUUUGAGCCGCAGUGGUAGCCGGUCGAGUUCAGUUUGUGAACUCGAGAAAGAUUUUAGUGAUAUGGAAAUUAUAAAAAGUAGGACAAACCGACGUAACGUAAUGAUUCGAACACCACUAGCGCGGAAAGCGAAACGAGUUAGGUUUUUUCGGAAUGGUGAUAAAUUCUAUUCAGGAGUCAUAAUCCCGGUCUUGCCAGAACGAUACAGGUCUUUUGAUAGUCUAACAGCAGAUUUGACAAGGGUUUUAGUUGACAAUGUCACACUUCCCAGUGGUGUCAGGACAAUAUACUCCCUUGAGGGUAGAAAAAUAGGUAAAUUGGAUGAUCUAGAGGAUGGACAAUCAUAUGUUUGUAGUGGGUUCGGAGAGCCAUUUAAGCGUUUGGAUUAUGAAGCCAGUGCUGUAACCCCACAGUCCUUCAGGCUUAGUGGUCCAGAGUCCUUAAGUGAUAGCGCCAGUCCUUCCCCAGCAAGAGCAAAUAAUAAAGGAUCCCGAUGUUUUCCGGCUAAUGGUAGUAGUACUACUAGCAACGGAACAGCGCGCAUCAGUCCCGCUGGGGACAGUGUGGUUCGGCCUCGCAUAGUCACCAUAAUCAGAAACGGAGUAAAACCGCGGAAAGUGUGUAGACUGUUACUGAACAAACGUAACAGUCCUACACUCGAGCACGCGCUGGCGGCGAUCACAGAAUGCAUCAAACUGGACACGGGCUGCGUAAGGAAAGUGUUCACGCAAUCAGGCACGCCAAUCUCGGCCUUGCACCAUUUCUUCGAAGACGAAGAUGUUUUUUUCGCUUAUGGAAAUGAAAGGGUCAAUCAAGAAGACUUUGAACUGGAGUUUGAAGAAAGUAAAGCUGUGUUACAAUGUAGAAAAACUCCCAUCACUAGAAAUUCAAGAGUGGGCCCGAAGCCCCGCAUGCCGGUGAAGGCGGGGGGGGCGGCGCGCGCGGCGAGCGCGGCGGGCGCGGCCGCGGCCGACGACGACCGCGACGACGGCUGCCCCGCCUUGCCCCAGCCGCUCCGGCUCAAGUACAGCGUCGGCAAGAUCAUAGGUGACGGCAAUUUUGCAGUUGUGCGAAUUUGUAAAGACAAGACGACCGGUAAUGAAUACGCGCUCAAAGUCAUAGACAAAGCGAAAUGUAAAGGCAAAGAGCACUAUGUUGAAGCAGAGGUGAGAGUUAUGCGAAAGUUGUGUCACCCUCGUAUAGUGUCUCUAAUUGAAGAGCAAGAUAGUCCUGAGUGGCUCUUCCUUAUUAUGGAGUUAGUUAGCGGUGGCGACUUAUUCGAUAGUAUCGCAGCUGCUUCCAAAUUCUCUGAGCCACAAGCGCGUUUGUUAAUUGGCCACCUAACAUCAGCUAUUGCAUACCUCCACUCGCUUUCCAUAGUGCAUCGUGACAUCAAACCUGAAAAUCUCUUGGUGGAAGUGGGUUCCGACGGCAGCAUCCUAGGCCUGAAGCUGGCGGACUUCGGUCUGGCGGUGGAGGUGUUCCGGCCGCUGCACGCCGUCUGCGGCACCCCCACGUACGUGGCGCCCGAGAUCCUGCUCGAGACGGGAUAUGGAUUGAAGAUCGACGUGUGGGCGGCGGGCGUGAUCCUGUAUAUCUUGUUGUGUGGGUUCCCGCCGUUCUCGUCCCCGGACGGCGACCAGGAGAUGCUGUUCGACGCCAUCUUGUCGGCGCGGCUGGAGUUCCCGGCGCCGCACUGGGAGCGGGUGUCGGCGGGCGCCAUCGACCUCGUGGCCAACAUGCUGCGGCCGCAGCCUGAGCUGCGCUUCGCCGCCGAGGACGUGCUCGACCAUGCCUGGAUGGCGGAUGACUACGACGAAAGCUGCGACUUCCGCACGUGGUACGAGGAGGACUCGUCAUAGCGUCACGACGACCCUGCAGCGGUCUAUGAACCCGCGCGACCCCUCAGCGGUCGAUGACCCCGCGAUCCGCAGCCGCAAACAGCGACCAACGACGCAUGCCUUCACCUAACACCAAUACCAAAGUUAAUUUAACGUAAUCCCAACAAUACUGCAUUGUAUUACUAGUAGCAAUUUGAUGCUGGAACUUCGAAAGAAAAGCCAGAAGACUUGCUUGAUUUUUCAUUAUCAAAAUAUAAAUUUCAACACACUUUAUUAUAUACGUUGUCAAACAACUAGAAUAGAAUUGCCGCAUCAAUUCGCAAGAAACAUGCAAGACGCUAAGCCAAAUUUCUUACUCGUCAUGAGUUUAAAUUUAAAAAGUAUGUGCAAUAUGUGUUAGCAGUUUAAGUGCACUGAUGAGUGAACGCAGAUACCACUCUUCUCUUUUACUGUUUAAACUGAAACUGAUAAUUGCUACUAGUAUUUACUUAUUUGAUGCAGUAUUAUUGUAUUGAUACUAAUAUUAUGUGUCACACGAAUUUUUACUGUUGAUGCGUAGAUCGCAAUGCUCCAUUAGGUUAGAGCUAUCAUAGUAUAUAUGGCUGUUCAGCUGCUUAGUAUUAAUCGUGUUUCGUUUUCCGAACGGCUGUCGGCCAGUAAGUACAAUAUUAUAGUUUUUCACACAUUUCCCAAACAUAUCUCACUGGCAGUUUUGAACGAUCUCUACGAUUACACACUUUCACAUUGUUAUCUCUUCAGUUAGAUUAAAAUAAUUAGGUUUAAAGAAAUUAUAAUAUUUAUAAACAAAUGUUUUUAUUUUAUGAUAUUGUGUAAUAUAUGAGUAAUAUAUCUUAUUUAAUUUGAAUGAAUUAAUAUUUACAAGUGUAGAGCGCAAGCUUGAGUUAUUUUGUAUCAUAAUGAAAUGCUUAUAGGCAUGUAUUGAUUGCUAUUGCUUCAUUCUAUUUAACCAUAUCACUGCGCUAAUUAGGGCUUCGCAGCAACCAUGGAUAUGAACCAGUGAUCGCUCUUUAUAGCUAUUUUCAAGUUAAGUUUAUAAUUUCUGAUCAAACCGGUUGAGAUAAAUGAAAAUUUAAUGUACUUAUGAAAAGAUGUAGUGACUGUAGUAUUAGUAGGGUGCUUUUGAAAGAUGGUGCUUAGAAAACAAUGAAACAAUGAUUAAAUGUUAAUAAACCAGAAUUUGAUUUAUUAUACUCAGUCACUACAUGGAAUUACAACAAAUUUUAACUAGACAUACUCCAUGGGGCAGUUAUAUCUAGUAUUAUCAUGCGCACUUAACAUCCUAAAGUGCCAAAGUUAUUUGUAAGAUCAUAUCAUUAUAAUCACCAAUUUAUAUCUCGAAUAAUAACUUUCUGCAUUAAUCAUAAUAGUUUUAAUGUAGAUAAUAAAAACCUAGUGCUCAAAUGAAUCUUUCUACUUAAUAUUUGAUAAGACACCUGAUUUACAAUUUGACUUAUCAUUUGAGCACUCGCAAAUUCAUUCAUUAUCAAUCUGCAAUAUUUAGACUGAAUAACAUUCCCUUUAUAUUCUGUAACAAGUGUAACAAUUAGAUUACUGAGAUCUUUUUGGAAUAAUGAAUUUUUAUUGUUCAAGAAAUGUGAUGUUUUUGUAUAGAUAAUUACACAAUAUUGAAAAAUUGUUAUAAACAUGGAGUAUAGUUUACUAAAAUAAUAAAUGGAUGAGCAAUAAAGUACUAUGCUAAAUAUUUAAAUCGGAUUUUAAGUAAGAAUACACAUCGCCCCAAGUAAUUUCUUUUUAUAUGGUUAAAUAAUAUAAAACUGGUUCAAAAUUUUGAAAUCUAGGGUAGAAUGAAAAGGUUUGUUGAAUUCUCCUUUAUUUCCAAUGAGUAACAUUGUUCCUAGAGUCAAUAUAAAUAACUUGUAAUAAUACAUUAUGAUAUGACACAAUGUUUUCAUUCUACCAAUACACAACAGCAUUAUGUAGUAUGUCAAUCACAUUGAUCAUAAAAUUUUGUAAUGCAUUUAGAUAUGGUAUGUGCAUUUUGAGUAAAGAAAGCAUUAAAUAAAUUUAUAAAAAAUCUA